ACAUGGAAACAUUUACUUCUGUAACACCAGGUAUCUACAUGGAAACAUUUACUACUGUAACACCAGGUUUCUACAUGGAAACAUUUACUACUGUAACACCAGGUUUCUACAUGGAAACAUUUACUACUGUAACACCAGGUUUCUACAUGGAAACAUUUACUACUGUAACACCAGGUUUCUACAUGGAAACAUUUACUACUGUAACACCAGGUUUCUACAUGGAAACAUUUACUACUGUAACACCAGGUUUCUACAUGGAAACAUUUACUACUGUAACACCAGGUUUCUACAUGGAAACAUUUACUACUGUAACACCAGGUUUCUACAUGGAAACAUUUACUACUGUAACACCAGGUUUCUACAUGGAAACAUUUACUACUGUAACACCAGGUAUCUACAUGGAAACAUUUACUACUGUAACACCAGGUUUCUACAUGGAAACAUUUACUACUGUAACACCAGGUUUCUACAUGGAAACAUUUACUACUGUAACACCAGGUUUAUACAUGGAAACAUUUACUACUGUAACACCAGGUUUCUACAUGGAAACAUUUACUACUGUAACACCAGGUUUCUACAUGGAAACAUUUACUACUGUAACACCAGGUUUCUACAUGGAAACAUUUACUACUGUAACACCAGGUAUCUACAUGGAAACAUUUACUACUGUAACACCAGGUUUCUACAUGGAAACAUUUACUACUGUAACACCAGGUUUCUACAUGGAAACAUUUACUACUGUAACACCAGGUUUCUACAUGGAAACAUUUACUACUGUAACACCAGGUUUCUACAUGGAAACAUUUACUACUGUAACACCAGGUUUCUACAUGGAAACAUUUACUACUGUAACACCAGGUUUCUACAUGGAAACAUUUACUACUGUAACACCAGGUUUCUACAUGGAAACAUUUACUACUGUAACACCAGGUUUCUACAGAGCAUCACAUGGAAACAUUUACUACUGUAACACCAGGUUUCUACAUGGAAACAUUUACUACUGUAACACCAGGUUUCUACAUGGAAACAUUUACUACUGUAACACCAGGUUUCUACAGAGCAUCACAUGGAAACAUUUACUACUGUAACACCAGGUUUCUACAUGGAAACAUUUACUACUGUAACACCAGGUUUCUACAGAGCAUCACAUGGAAACAUAACAUGAAUAUAACCUUAAUAUAACAUGAAUAUAACAUCAAU